AUGGGUUCAAGUGGCACAAUUGAUAAUCUCGUCCCUGUUCUUACCAGUGGGAAAUUUGAAAUGGCGAAGAUGAGGGAACUAGUUGCCAAUUGGGUGCUUAUGCAUGAGCAUCCAUUUACUGUUGUUGAGGAGGAGGGAUUUAAUGAUAUAAGCUCAUUCUUGAUUGUAAAACAAGGUGGAAUUCCACAGAUGUUGACUACAGCACUUAAGUUCAAAAAUGUCUUUUUAAGAUAUCGUGACAAAGACCUGCAUUUUGAUUGUUGUCCAGAUCCAGAGGAUUGGUUUCUCGUUAAGGUUAUGCUAGAUGCAAAGGCAUUGGAUAAAAAUGAUUUUAUUCAAGAUAUGGUGAAGAAAAUGAAAAAGAAGUUUGACAAAUAUUGGGGAGAGUGUAAUUUGUUAAUGUGUGUAGCUUCUGUGGUAGAUCGUAGGUGCAAAAAGGCGAUGCUUGAGUAUUGUUUCCCUAGAAUGUAUGAAGAGAUUGAAGCACAAGCAAAUAUGUUAAAAGUUAAAGAUGCCCUGUAUGAAAUUUAUCAAGAAUAUGUGGAUGAAUCCCAAUCCUUCAACAAUGAACAAAGUGCUAAAAAUAGAGUGGUUCCUCGGCAUAUGAAAGUGGUUCAAAGUGUCCCACCGGAAAAAUCAAAGUUAAAUGGUUAUCUAGAAGAGGGAUGUUACAUUUCUCAUGAUAGGGGUGAUCCAACUACAUUUGAUGCACUACAGUGGUGGAAAGUGAAUACGUUGAAGUAUCGUUUGUUAUCUAAGAUGGCUUGUGAUAUACUAGCCAUUCCUAUCACCACGAUAGCUUCGGAGGCCACUUUUAGUGCUGGUAGUAGAGUUAUUGAAACUUACCGAGCUUCUUUGUCUCCGGAAACAGUAUCAGUGCUACUUUGUGGAGGUGAUUGGUGUCGCAAUCUAGGAGGACUUAAGAGAAAGAACAAAUUUAGAUACAGCAAAAACAUGAGGAGAUUCAGCUUCCCAUCAAAUGAAUCCCACAGUUGA